AUGCCCAGCAUCUCCGACUGCAAGUGCGUCCUCGUCGUCGGCGCCACCUCUGGCAUCGGUCGUUCGCUCGCACUCGCCAUCCACGCACUCCCCUCUGAGCCCACGGUCAUCGUCGCCGGCCGCCGCCAGGACCGCCUGGAGCAGCUUGCCAAAGAGGGCGCUCGCAUUCGCACCCUCCAGCUCGAUGUGACCGCCCCCCGCGACGCGCUCAAGAGCGCCGUACAGCGCGUCGUCUCGACAUACCCCGACCUUGAUGCGAUCGUAUUCUCGUCGGGCGUCCAGCACCAGUUUGACUUCACCAAGCCCGAGUCCGUCGACCUCGAGAAACUUGAGACGGAGCUGCUCACCAAUUACACUUCCGUCACACGCAUGACCUCCUUCUUUCUCCCGCACCUCCUCAAGCUCAGCGAGCAGGGCCGCCCGUCGUUCCUGGUGCCUAUCACCUCCUCGUUAGUGAUCGUACCCGGCCCAUGGGUGCCCAACUACAGCGCCACCAAGGCCGCGCUCCACAGCUUCGCGCUCUCGCUUGACGUCCAGUUGCAUGGGACGAACGUGCACGUCGCCGAGAUCUUCCCGCCCCUCGUCGAGUCCGAGCUGCACGACCACCAAGGGACGACACCGCGCCUCUCGAAGGUCUGGAUGCCGCUCACGCAGUUCACCGCGGAGGCGAUGGAGGGCCUCCAGAGUGGCGCCGUACAGGUCCCCGUCGGCGACGCGCGGGGGACGUGGGACACCUUCGAGAAGGGCAAGCUCGAGAAGAUGGAGGAGUCGUUCAAGAGGAUCACAUCGCUGUAA